AUGUCGUUGGGUCUAUUGACAGAGGCGGAGGUGCAACAGCCGCCUGAGCUAUUCUCGCUACACCGAGAUGCGUCACAGGGUGCUGGUGGGCCACAGAGCGUGGGCUUCGUCACGACGUCUGCAGCUUUCCUACCUCAGGGAGCCGACGAUGACUGUCUGUCGACCUUCUAUCCUUCAGAUGACACCCAGGCGGCCACUUGUAGCCCUCUUUUUAGCGCUUCUGCAAAUGCUGCUGCUGCGAGUGCUGCUGCUGCGAGUGCUGCUGCUGCGAGUGCUGCUGCUGCGAGUGCUGCUGCUGCGAGUGCUGCUGGUGUGAGUGCUGCUGUUGGUAUGGGUACUGCCGCUGUUGAGGUGGGCUGCUGCGACUCGCCGUGGGUACCUCUGGCAGCGUUGAUUUCUCCUGCAGAGUCGAGUGAGCAGACUCUUGGAGCUCCUGCUGCCGCAGUAGAGGAGCUUCAGCAGGAGGCCCCUGCAGAGAAGAAGACCAAUGAGGAAAGCAGUGGCAGUCCCGAGGGGGAGGACGGAGUGGUCCAUGUGACGGGGUCGGAUAUGCGGCUGCAUAGCGGCAGCAACAGCCGCCAAAGCAGCAGCGGCAGCAGCACAAAGAGGAGUAGCCGCAGCAGGUGCAGCAGCAGCAUGCGCAUCAGCAGCGUCGCGAGCAGCAGGAGCAGCACUGGCGGCAUAAGCUGUGGCUGGGCCAGCGGGGAAUCUGAGGGUUUAGGGGUAGGAGGCCGGUCUGCGGAAGAAUUGGGUGGCUGCAGUGGGGCGUCUGUUAGUGUACAACGAACCGUGGGGGAGGGGUUUUAUAAGACAAAGAUGUGCCACUUCUUCCAGAGGGGCCUCUGCAUCUAUGGCAACCGCUGCAGCUACGCGCACGACCCCAGCGAGAUCCGACAGCCCAUCAACCUACGCAAGACGAGGCUAUGUGUCUCCUUUAGUAGGGGAGUGUGUAGAGCAGUAGACUGCAAAUUCGCGCACGGGCAAGAAGAACUCAGGCACGCGGGCAACCUGUACAAAACCCAACUCUGCCUGUUCUGGCUGUCGGGGAAGUGUGGGCUGUGUGGGUCUCUUUCCGUUGUUCGGUGGGCAGGGCGCAACUGCCGCCAUGCGCACGGCGAAGAAGAGUUGGUGCAGAAGCCGCAGUCGCCGGGUGAUGCUUCCUCCACCUCGUUGCCUGUGGAGAGGGGGAGGCACAAGACCUUCCUCGUUGCUGCAAAUAGAGCUAAAAAGCACUCAAUAGACAAUGCAGGAGCUGACGAAACGUUCAACACGCCCUCGCCAACAGCUGCAGACUUUCUAGACAGCAGUGUAGGCUCCUGUGGGAGCACAGCACUCGACGGAGGCUGUAGCAGUGGGGACCUCUCAAGAAGCAGCAGAGCUGCUGCGGCUGCAGCAGUAGCAGGUGAUGCUACUGCUGCAGACGGCGAGGCGGUCGAGGAGGGCGGAGAUGAUGCGAAAGCAUUUCAUCUCUCUGUGCAACGCAGACGGACACAAGCACCAAAGUCGCGGGAGCGGGUGGAGGCGAAAACUGACUCCAGCCGUGCAUCGCCCGAGGAUGAGAGGGAUGAGACCCGCGGCCUAAGGAGGCGUCACCAUGUGAAGCUGCAGCAGCAGAGCAACAAUCAGCAUCAGCAGGAGCAGGUACAACAGCGGGGUCAACAGCAGGAGGACAAGGAAAAGACGAAAGUGGAGGAGCUCGAAUUGCAGCUCCACCAGCAGCUGCAGGGGUUCCCUACCGUUGCCAAUGGUGCCGCUUUGCCCCUGUAUUCGGGCGAGGGCGAAACGAAAUUGGAUUUGUCGUUUGCAAGCGGGUCUAACUGCCUUCAGCCAUCUCCGCGUAGUGCAGCAGCAGCUGCUGCUGCUCAAGCACCUCUGUUAGGAGCCCGUGCACAGGAGGAGUUGCAGCCGUGGGGCGAUUCUUGGGCAGCUUCGAGACCAUUUUACCACUCGUCACCGGCAAAUUGGGGGUGGCAGGACACUUGGUUCACACACCAUGAGGCUGCUGCUAUAGCUGCUUCUACAGCGGAGCUGUUGCCUUUCAAGGGUUUCGCCUGCGGCUCACCUGCUCCUCAAGGAAUUCGAGGGCUCGGGGGAGGUGUAGAUGCAGCUGAGGGUGGUACUGUUGCUGCUGUCUCUUCUGGUGGUGCUGGUGCAGCGUUCCCAGUGUCCCUGAGCAUGCUACGCCUGCCGCUGAGUUGGGCGAUGCCGGGGAGCCCCGUGUUCUUAGGAAAUGCGGGAGAGGGGGACCUGACUUCCUUUACGGGCUGUGUAUCUCACGUCGGCCUGGUGUACAGACAGUGCUGCCCUACAUUGUUUCCGCAACAGUCCCUGACUUGUGGGUGGGUGGCGUGGCAUCAGCAGCUGGGUCUCGUAUACUUCCCGCAAGGCCCGCAGCAGUUGCUGGGGACAGUAACAGCGGCUACAGGGGACACGCAUGCACUACACCAGAUACACCAGAUACACCAGAUACACCAGAUGCAUCAGAUGCAUCAGAUGCAGCAGAUACAGCAGAUGCAGCAGAUGCAGCAGUUGCACCAGAUGCAGCAGGUGCAACAACUACAACAGAUGCAGCAGCAGUCCUUCGUUGACCUGAGGGGAGCAUUCGGCCCAUUCAGGAUCGAAUCCCCCCAAGUUUUCACAGAUGUUUACAGAGGUCAUCCCGGUUUUUGA